UUUAUGUCAGCUGUGCAAUGUGUAAUGUACGAGUACCUACAUUGGUUUAACUGCGUACAUUUCGUACUCGUACUCGUAUGUGCGAGUACAUCUUCUUGCGAUGCGUUGCGUUACGUGUUCGCGGCGUCGCGACGCAAAACGUGUAUCUAGCCCGCAGGAGGCACAUCUGCAUCGCGACGUGCGGAGCGGACUCGGGCACGGGCACUAGACGCUGGUCGGCGGUUCUGGUUCACGGUGGUGAAUGUCAAAGUUGUCUGAUGUUUGUUUCUGUAUCUGUUCUCUUUCUCUCUGUUGAGAACUACACACAUUUAAGUGCUCAACGUAGUCGCGUCUCCAUUUACUCGUAAAUAUCCGUGAAAAAACUCUGAACGUUAGCCGCCGCCGUCGUCUUACUGUAGGUAAUCGACCUUUUUCGCAGCUACGCUCUAGAACACGAAGGUUUGACGAUAAACCCGAAAACACGGUAAACCUGGUGAAAUAAAAACAACAACUACGACGACCAAUUGGCGACACUUGGCCAAUAAUGAUAGGUGAGGUGUAUGCUGAUUACACGUAAAAACAAUUACCCGAGUGGAAAAGUACAUUCAAAUUACACGCGCCCGUACAUACCUAUACUCUAAUUAACUAUUUGCUGCGUGUAAUUUGGAAUAAUUAACUAAUAAAGCGGCUUCUUUCUACUCGCCAUCGAGAUCGACCAAACAAAAAACUUAUAUUUACUCAUCGUUUACAACGUUGUCGUCUUUAUUUGUGCAAAGAAGACAUCGCACGUCUGACCUACCAUCGCAUCGUGCCCUACAACAUUUUAAGAAGUCAUAAACUCGUGAACGAGUAGACAUCACUAUUCGCCAUCACCUCUUCCUCUACACGUGAGCAAAAACAAAUACCAAAGCAGAGGCGAACGAACCAUCGCGACAGACAAACAAGACAAGCGAAGCAAAGCAACGCUGGAAAACGGACAAUCGGAAGUACCUAUCUGUAAAGAGGUUGCUUUGUCUUAGGUCACCCAGCCUGGGAGCAGCGAAUUCGCGAAUUUUAUAGCAUCGAACUUGCUGUUGUUGUUUUUCUACUCGGUCGUCGUACCGGUAUUUGCAACGGUAAUGCAGAGGAAAUUGCGCCGGCGCUCUCAGUCGCAGAUAUAAUGACUUUCUGACUGGUAUUCGCGUUUCCAUUAUCGAAGUCCAAGUCGAAGGCGUUCGAUCUCGUUAGCAUAAUAUAAACCUGAACCUGCACAAUGGACGACGAGAUAAACAACAACAACAAAUUAAACAGCGACAAUAUACGAAAGAUCAUCGACGUCUCUGUCACUCUGGAAGAAAAAUGCCCGGCGUUAUUGGAUUUCGACCCGGAGUACCUCAGAUCGCUGUUAGAAUCAGCCGACGAAUUGGCUAAAAUUUUACCAGGCUUUCACGUACCGUUACCAGAUACAGCUGAAAUCCCUCCAUUGCCUAGUUGGGUCAAUAUCGAAAUGGUUAAAAAAGGUCAACAAUUCGGUCUAAAAUAUCUAUACGGUUUGAACUAUUCGCAAACUUUAUCGUUACUGUAUUUAUUCGCAGCGCCGGAUGGCCUACAACCGUUGAUAUUCACCGAACGAUCUCAUACUCCUUUUUUAGCCCAUAAACGAUACCUUUCGACCGCUCUGAGGGUAAACAGCUGGUACGAGACGGAAUUCUGGAAACCCUCGACGAGCGGAUACGAUAACCUGAAAUCGGUCAAAACGUUGCAUUUACAUGUUAGUAAACGUCUGAGUGAAAUUCCCGAAAGCCAGCUUCGCAGCAAGUGUAACUUGGAAGAAAAACUACGACGAGAUCGCGAAUGUCAAGAUAUCAUAGGCGGUGGUGGUAUGACGACUGAUGGAAUGCUGUGCCCUCUACGACCCAUACUGAGGGUGGAUUUCGAAAAAAAUCCCAAUUACAAUGCUCCGUUCGCCUACUUCGAUAAAAUCAUGAGGAGCUCCUCGGAACGACGCAUUUACCUCAAUCAAUUCGAAAUGAGCGUUACUCAGUUCGGUUUCUUCGGACUGAUGUUAAUGUAUCCGGAGAAAUUCGGUGCCCGGAAUGCCACCGAUGAAGAACUCGAAUGCUUCGUACAUAUGUGGAAAUUGAUAGGAUAUUUGUUGGGUGUCAAGAACGAGUAUAAUUUUUGCGACGGAUCUUUAGCUCAGGUUAAAGUAAGAGGUAGGCAAUUCAUCGACUUGGUUAUGAGACCUAUGGUUGUGCGAGUCAACAAAGAAUGGGAGCAUAUGAGUAGAGUCGCGUUCCUGGGUAUCGAGAAAUUCACCAAGCUGAGAAUAAAUUUCGAAUCAACUAUGUUAUACUUCUGCUGGGUUUUGAACAUACCGACGCCGAAUUUAAUGCAAUAUGUCGGAUGGAAAGAGAUAAGUUUGUUUCGUGUGACGAAAUUCGUCAUGACUGAAGGCUGUCGCAUACCCGGAUUCGCUACCUUAUUUAAUUACAGAAUCACCAAGAAUAUAGAAAAGGCUGCCGUAGAAUUCCAUCGAUCGAAAAACAAAUCCAAAGAAUCGUCUCGCUGCACUACCGAACAACGUCAAACGUUCAGAAUGCAGCAAUUUGAUUAGCCUAAACAUCGAGGCCAAAAGUACCUAUAUCCCUUUAUCAUCGCGCUGAUGUGAGAUGUGAAGUAAGCCAACGUAAUAAGCUCGUAAACCUAGACGAUGAUUUUGUUGCAAUAUAUGCAACACUCGUGUAUCCUGUAUAAUCAACUCGAUCACAAGCUGUUGAGAUGUUUCAUAAAAAAAAACCACACCACACGAAUACGACUUAAUGGUUCGCAAUUUACACGAAUAUUUCUCAAUGGACGUACGAGUACCUACCUACAUUACAUACGAGAUCAGCUGGUACGUUGGAUUUACAUAUAGCGCAGCGCGAGUACCUACCCGACCUACCACACCAUGUUGCUCCAUUUUGUAGCUCGGUUUUGCAAAAGUACAUUACUUGCGUGCCCAUUUGAGUGAUUGUGAUUGAUACCUAUUUAUUCGAAUCUCAAAUCGUAUAGAAUAAUGAUUUAUUUAUUGUACGAGUACCUACCUAAAUACGAAAUAUAGUGUUAAUUUUUAUACGUACAACAUACCAUAAUCUGUUUACAUAGGUGCCUUUUAUUACCUAUAGUACCCAGGUAUUUAAAUUAUUUACGCGUUAUCUGCGUAAUUAUGUAAGAAUAAACGAUAUUUUUCAUUCGA